UUAAACAAGAAUUGUCAAAGGUGUUGAAAGCAAAUUCUGAAAUAGCAAUACAAUAUCCAGAAUUAAAUGAUUUAGUUGUCUAUUAUCAAGAAACUAUUCAACAUGCAGGGCAUUAUUUGUAUGUAGUUGGACCAGUGAUUAUAAAUUGGAGUCAAAUGUUGUCAUUUAGAAAUCAACUUCAUAAUAAAAUAAAAUCAAAAAUCUACUUAAUAUUAUGGAUAUUGUCAGAUUUCUUGUAUUCAUUGUUGUUGACAGCAGUCUCAAUCAAAUUCCUAAAAGGUACAAUUGUAGGAAGGAUUAAUUUAUCUGGUGCUUAUGAAUGUAAUAUUAUCAAUCUAUUUAUUUAG